AUGGCCUUCCCAAUCCCUGCACACUUGCCUCGCAAGAAGGAUGCUCAGGAUGUGUCUACUCAGAUUCUCACUAAGGUGUCAGAGACGCCUUUGAAGUCGCUGAAUUCGCAGCUCGCAUCUUCGUGGGUUGCGGAGCUCGAUGAUGCCAUUGCCCAAACGAAGUCUUGCAUUCAUGAGCGAAUAUCAAACGAUCUUCCUGCCUUCAACGAGCAACUCUCCAGUGCAAAGUCUAUCCAGGAACGGCUGCGGUCUCUGACUGCCAAUGUGGAUACGUUGAGCGACGGGCUGUCUAAUCCAGAGUCAGGUCUCAUACCAAGGCUCGUAGUCACGCUCUCCCAGCAUGCUCAGCUCGCGCACGAAAGCUUGGACGCAGACAUCAAGAGCAGAGCCGUGUCACACCUCCUUCGUUGCAAGAAGGAUUACUCCAGUCUGGCCGAGUUGGUUUACAAAGGACAGCUACCAGACGCUGUUAAGACCUGCGUGAAGCUGGAAGCUGUUUUUUCCGAAUCUCCUGAUCCCCUCGCUCGUAGCGUAAUCAUGGGUGAACUACAGCGCAGUUUUCGUGCAAUGCAGGCCCGAACUGAGGAACAGCUGAGCGACGCAUAUAGUCGGGGCCUCACUAUCUGCUCUUCCGAAUUGGUCAUCCGUCCUGCCGUGCAAGUCAGGCAGUCGGAGACGAUUCUGUCGCUGUCUUCGGUACUAUCAUCCCUAUCAAAUACCGCGCUUGCAUCACAUCUAUCCUCUCUACGUCGCGAUAUCGUGUCGCACUAUAUCGAAUAUCUCAUGAAGCAGCCCGCGAGCGUCGUCGUCUCUGAUGCAGCCGCUAUGACUGGUAACAGUGAGCACAAACUCGUGGUAUACCCUGCUCCGCCGGAGACGUCGGACCUGUCCUUGCGGAUCGACAACUUAGCGACGGCGUUGACGUUCCUUACCUCCAACUUCCUGUCGAAUCUGCCGACGCCCGAUCGAACGUCGUUUGCUUUAUCACUAUGCAGGCCAACACGGGAUGCUUUGCUAUACAGGUUGCUGAUACCCUCUCUGCCUUCGUCUCUUGAGCUGCUGCCAGGGUUCUUGCAAGUGGUCGAUCAUGCCUGUCAAUUCGAGGAAAAGUUCGUAUGCACCAUGCUUGGAGACAGCGACGGCGAGCAAGGCAUCAGAAUUUGGGCUGGUGCGGUCAGUCUUCAUUACGAGCGUAAACGGCGUAUGGAGCUGCUGGAAGCUGCCCGUGUGAAAAUCAUGGCUGCAGAAGAUGAAAGUCGGACGUUCUACGUCGACUUGCAGAUUGCCACCGGGAAUGGGCACAGUGUGCCCGCACCUGCAUCCGCACCAAAUCCCGAGCCCAUCGAGGAAGAGAGUGAAGCGGCUUGGGGUUUCGAUGAUGAUAAGCCGACCCCGAACGACGCACUGACUUCAAGCCAAAGCCAGAACGCCCCGACGGAGGAGGCGAAUGGAUGGGACUUCGACGACGACGUGGAGCCUGAGCGUCAGGACGGCCAGCCUGAAGAGCGUUCGACCGAGUCGACAGACGAGAAUGCGGGAGGCGCGUGGGGUUGGAAUGACGAUGACGACGCGUCCGAGACGCUUAAUGGGGACGACUCAUUCGACAACCCGUGGAAUGAUAGUUUAAAUGAGGACUCACCUCUGGAUAAAGGUGCAAACAGCAAACCUGCAUCAAUACCGAAACCGGCCAAACGGCUAGAGAAGCUAUCCUCGAAAGGGAAGCGCGCACAGGCAGGUGCAUUCUCGCCUUCUGUCCAAUCUCCUGCUCUGGUGCCGCCUCCUCCGCCAACACCGAUGAUGCCUGCUGUGCCCCAGCGAGCUGCACCGGCGGUACCAUCACCGCCUCCGCAGAAAGAAUCGUACAUGGCGUCCGGACGUGUGAAGGAUCUGUUACAGCAUAUGCAGCACAUCCUGGACGAGGCAGCUAAGUUGGUUUCGUCUGGCGUGUUCAACAAAUACCCGACGUCACAAUCCGCGUCCGGAUUGAUGCUAGUGCAAGCUGCACCGUUGACAUUGGACCUUUACCGGGCAAUGUAUCCUGUGAGGUUCGCUAACGCACUGCGAGGUUCCCCGAAACGGUCUAUGCGGUUUUCUAAUGACUGCAUAUACAUGGGUGGGGAAGUCGAGAAAAUUGCUUCUGCCAUGGGCCAGUCUUUAUCAUCUGUGAAAGCAUCACUAAAGGAGUGUAGUGAAAGAUUAGAGACCCUUGGUAGCAGCUGGUUUGAGGAGACCCUCGAUCGACAAUGUCAGGGCAUGAACGAGAUCCUUGAUGAAGCAGGAAAUUUCGUGGAGACGACAGAUCAAGAACGUUUCGACGAGUGUGAGAACGCCGUGACACGGGCGCUGCAGCGCGUACGGCAGCUCGCUCAGCAGUGGAAGCCUGUUCUAAACAAGAGCAAGUACUACGAUGCGGUGGGGCUGGUACUGGAUGCCGCGCUUUCUAGGAUCUUGUCGGAUAUACUCGCUUUGCCUGACAUCACUGAGGUGGAAUCGCAUCGAUUGAGUGAGCUGUGUCGUAUCUUGAAUGCGACGGAGGGCUUGUUCGUCGAGGAUCCUGAACAGCCUUCCUUCAUCGUGGCGUACGUCCCAUCCUGGCUGAAAUACUCAUACCUCUCCGAACUACUCGAGGCCUCCAUAGCGGAUAUAUCAUAUUUGUUUGAUGAGGGUGCCUUGGUCGAUUUCGAGAUCGAGGAGCUGGUGAAGUUAGUACAGGCACUCUUCGCGGACACGCCGCUCAGAGCCAACGCUAUCCACAAGUUGCUUCACGGAUAUCCUGUGCCAUCUCAAUAG